CAGAGCAGUUAGUGGUGCUGGGGGUGAUCACUCUGCUAGUUCCCUGCCCAGCCUGAGUGCAGGUGAGCUGGAUCCUUCUCCUCCUGGCCAGGUACCAGUCUCUGCCACCUGCCGGACUCCCUCUGCCACCUGCCGGACUCCUGUGAGGACACCAGUGUGCAUGGAGCCAGGAGCUGGCACUCACCCCCGGGCACAGCACUGACCUCUCCCCCUGGUGUUGGAGGGGGGUGGGGGGCAUCGGGUGAGCAGAAGACCCUCCAGGACCACAGUCUACAUGCACCAUGUUCCAGCCAGCAGGGAAACGUUGCUUCACCAUUGAGUCCUUAGUGGCCAAGGACAACCACUUGUCCUCAGAGGAGCCCCUCAGGCCCACUGCCCUCAGCUACCCCAGCUCCACAGCUGCAGAAGCCUUUGCCAAUGGGUUCUCCAGUCCGGCCGGGAGGUCCCUGUACAAUAAUCCGGAGCUGGUCUUCCCAGAGGCAGUCAGCCACCCCUCCCUGGCUGUGCACCCUCACCAGCUGGGGGCACCGCAUCUCCAGCACCCGCACUCCUUCUUCGGGUCCCAGCACAGAGACCCCCUCACCUUCUACCCAUGGGUGCUGCGGAACAGGUUCUUCGGGCACAGAUUCCAAGGCAGCGAUGUCUCUCAGGAGAGUUUGCUCCUGCAUGGCCCCUUUGCCAGGAAGCCCAAGCGAAUCAGAACGGCAUUUUCUCCUUCCCAGCUACUCCGACUGGAAAGGGCCUUCGAGAAGAACCAUUAUGUGGUGGGGGCAGAGAGAAAACAAUUGGCCAGCAGCCUCAGCUUGUCAGAAACACAGGUGAAGGUCUGGUUCCAGAACAGGAGAACCAAGUACAAGAGACAGAAACUGGAGGAGGAAGGGCCAGAGUCCGAGCAGAAGAAGAAAGGUUCCCACCACAUCAACAGAUGGAGAUUGGCCACCAAACAGCCCAAUGGAGAAGACAUUGAUGUCACGUCCAAUGACUAAGAGGGUGGAGUGGAUUCCCGGAACACGAAACCGCCACAGACUUUUCACUGCAUCAAACAUUGGAUGAUAACGGAUGUGAUCUGAGUGGUAACCAGCUAAUUUGAUCGUCAUAGGGUCUUGCUGUAGAGAACUGUUACGACAUGGGCCAGUGUUAUGGAGGACGUCACGCACUUGUCAUACAGGACAAAGGAGGUGUCCGUGCCCGGCGGCUGAUAUCUACACAGACUUUUAUCAGCCGCAAUAUGGCCAUCGGUAAAAUGCUUGUGACAAAAAAAAAAUUCUCUCUCUUUUUUCGGCCUUCUUUUUUCUUGCCCUAAUUUUUUAAUUUAUUUUCUUUAUCUGAUAAAAAAACCAGUAGCUAUUACCAAUUUAGUGUGUAAAUGUGUGUUAAUAAAAAUAAUAUUGAAACAUAAA